GAUUUAUCACAACUCAAAAUUUAGUGAAAAAAAUUACUAAUUACCUUAAAUAUAUUUGAGCUAAUCCAAUAAGAGAGAGGGUAGGGUAUAUAAGCGAGCCGCAAAUCGAUUGAGAAAGAUAACCAGAGCCUGGUCCAGACUCGAAUUCUUCUUCUUUCGAUUCUUUUCUUCCGAGUUUGGUUCUGUCUCUGAUGAUUCUUGAUCGUUCUUCGCCUUUACCCUUGAAGCGCAGAAGAUUCACCUACGUUGAUCCAAUGGAGGCUGAUCAAGCUAAGGCCAAGCUCUCUGCUGUAAAAGAGAAGCUGGGUCGAGAGAUACGUGUGUUUGAAACUUCACCUCCUUCUUCUUCUUCACCAAAACAAGAAUCCAAAGCUGAGGAGCCAGACGAUUUCUAUGAUUUCACUGCUGAGGAUUAUUAUCGAAUUAUGUCAUCAAAAAAGGAAGAUAAAUUCUUAAAGACACGAAAACUCAGGGAGGCAGAAGAGGCAGCACGCAAGUCAAAAAUAACAAAGGCAGUAAUAAGGGUGCGAUUUCCUGAUAACCACACAUUAGAGGCAACAUUUCAUCCAUCGGAAACGAUCCAAAGCUUGGUUGAUCUUCUUUCUAAAGUUAUUGCUAAGCCACAACUUCCAUUCUAUUUAUAUACUACCCCUCCUAAAAAGCAAAUAAAGGACUUGUCACAGGAUUUUUACUCCGCUGGCUUUAUUCCGGGAGCAAUCGUGUAUUUUGCUUAUGAUAUACCAAAAGGGGAAGAUGCUGCUGCUGCUGCUGCUGCCAACUCGGAUCAUUUCCUUCAGGAGGAAAUCAUGUCUUUGAAAGGCUUGGAGCUCAUUACCGAGCAGGCAGAGCCCGUUCAUUCAGAACCUGAACCUGUAAUCCCGGUCCCGACACCUGUUGUUCGAGAGAGUAAGCCUGCAGAGAGACCAUCAGGGAAGCCAAAGUGGCUGAGGUUGUGAUACGUCUAACUCCAAAAGCAGACUUCUUUCUUAUGCUUCUCCUCUUUAUCAGCCAACAGAUUGUCUGACUAUACCAAGUUUGAGGCAGAUGAAUAUCUCUUAAGCUAUGUGAAAAUUUGUAAGAGUUUUGAGGAGUUGAAUUGUAAGGACACACUUUAUGCUUUAUUUGUAGUUGUCAAUAGAGUUGUGCAUUUCUGGUCUCAGCAUGAAUUGGAAAUUGCUUUCUUUACAUCAGUCAUUCUGUAUUUUUAGACUCUGUUUCUACUACCUUGGGGCUUGGGCUUGGAUGCCUACUGCUUUUGUCAUUAGAACUAAUCUUAAAACAUUGUAAACUUGCAUUGUAAAAAUGGGAGAUCAACACAUAGUUAAAUAAAAAUGACAAAUUGAAAUUAUAACUUUAA